AUGGCCCAGGAGACCAAUCAAAGCCCAGUUCCUAUGCUCUGUCCAACUGGCUGUGGUUUCUAUGGCAACCCUAGGACUAAUGGCAUGUGCUCUGUGUGCCACAAGGAGCACCUGUCAAGACAGAACAAUGGAGGAGUCAGCACUUUGAGUCCUGUGGGUAAGUCCUGCUGGGUCUGUCUCGGUGUGCUUUUCUUUUUGUUUCCAUGCGAACAUUGAACAAAACUCUGGGCCUUUGUGUCUGACUGUACCAUGUGGUACUAUGUUCUUCUUCAGGCAGCAGCAGCGGAUCCACAGCUGAAGCAUCUGCAAUCCAGAGGUUAGAGGCUACUCUGAAUAACGCAGCAGCUGCUGCAGUUGCUGCUGCAGAGGUGGCAGCUGAGGCCGCCGCGUCAGCUGAGGCUGCAGCCGCUGAAGCUCUCAGGUGAGGAGAGGGUUAAUCAUUCUGCCUCAUUACAAACCUUCUCAGGGUUUAGAAGCAGAGAAUUCAGCAUAUUACUUAAAAUCAUUCAAUCUGAAAAGAUAUAUCUCUAGCAGCAUCUCUUGUAGUAGUUUCUCCUCAUCAGAUGAAGGCAGUGGGUUAUCUGUACCAUAUCCAAAUAACUCUCUUGCAGUGUUCAGCCUUUUAAACACCUUUUUUUUUACCCUUCACAGUGGGGUUUCAACAGCCAUUUCUGUAACACAACAAAUGACUGAGAUGAGUCUGUCCUGUGAGGAGAAAGGGGCAUCGGGAAGCAAAGUAGAGCUCCCAGAGCCAGGUAGGUGCCUAAUGUAGACGUCUCUACGUAUCGGAGGAUAUUCACUGUGUAGAUGGUUCUCACAACUGUGAGAACUAACUGAGGCGAACAGUGUAACAUUCAACCUGGUUUCACUGCUGGUCACAUUAGUGACAGAAGGGCAGUAUAAUUUCAGUCAGUCGGAUAAAUAAUGUUCACACAGAGAGAGGGGGAAAAUGAAGAGUUGGUCACUGCUUAAUGCUUUAUUGUGUUCAAGUUUCAGGAGUAAAAACACUCAUGGUGAUGUAAAAUGAAGAUUGUGACCAGUGUUUUCGCUGACGCCGACAAAAAUAUUUUAGAGACAAAAAUUUCGUCAACACCCCUUUUUUUUCCACGAUGAAGACGUGACGUUGACGAGCUAACCACCAGUCUUAGAUGACUAAAAUGUGACGAGACAAAUGUGUGGUUACCUUGAGAUGAGACGAGACUAGACGAAAACUUGGACGACGAACAGAGUUGCAAAAUUAUGAGCAUUUCGUCAGUCAAACGCUUAACAUAUAGGAGCAGCUUCAGUCCGCUCUGACAGCUGUCAUCAGCCCGCUGUGCUCCUCCAACACACAGACACCAGUGUUGUCCUCACUGACAAUGACGCAGAUGAAUUAUUUUCGUCAACGUCAACGAAAACAACACUGAUUGUGACUCAACUGGUUUUGAGUCCCCAGGAACUAGGGCUCUUUCUUGGUACCAGAGUCUAAACUUAGUUUUGGGGUAGACAGUUUACCUCUUGAAAGCCCCUGCCCAGAGGGGUCAUAUUUUUUCAUGGCCCAGACUUUAAGAGGCAGACCCUGAUGAUCUAUUUUACAUAGAAAAAAUAACAUGUUUAGUAUACAUGUAAACUUGCCCCCCUCCCCUGAUAGGGAUGCAGACAAAAUGGGCCAAAGGAACCAUUUAGUUCCCGAAAGAGAAGUCCCUGGAACUAAAAGUCGUUAUGGUUCUAUUGGUUGAAAAGCACCUGUAUUACACCGUCUUGCUUAAUGUAGCCUCUUCACACACUACAACUCCACAACAGCGCUAAAACAAAGUCCUGCCAUCACUAUGCUUAGUACAUCUUACCCGAAGCAGUGUAAUAUUGGUGUCCCAGUGUGUGAUUUCACAUUGCAUUACGGCAUUGCAGAAGCAAGGUCAUAGCCAGGAGUGCCACAUACACACACUCAGACAUGCACACCCACACAGUGCUGCUCCACCCUGCCAGCUACAAUGCUGCUAUCUUCCCCUCAUUUUACCUUUACGAUGACCUCAGAGGGCUUACUAGAGGUAGCAGAUAUUGCCUCACCAUUGAGGCCCUGCCAACAAGAAGUUAAAGAAGCACAAGUACCCUGCUUUAAAAUGGCAGAACAUGAAAGUCAAUCACUAAGUAUGGGAUUUCUUCCUGAUAUUGAUCUUUAACAGUAGUAGGGUGAUUCCUCUCCUCAGUGAGCAGGGUAGUUUCAUGGCGUGUAUGAUCCAUCAUACACUUCUACUCUGCUAAUUUUAGGACUUUGCAUAAAAGCGUGCGCAGCAGUCGAAAUCUUUUGUUUUCAAGCACAUUGAGUCAUUUUUCCUGUGUGUCUCCAGUGUUAAAUCAGCCCACAUCCUCAGCCUCCCAUCCCUCCACUGCUGGCAGUGAGGAUCCCAAAGCCCCAGAGCCUCCCAAACCCAAGAAGAACCGCUGCUUUAUGUGCCGUAAAAAGGUUGGCCUUACAGGUAAGCCAUGACACACUUAGCUGAAGCACUAUCAUUAGGAAAUGUCACAGACAGCCACAGGCUUGUUCUCGUUCUCCUGAGUUUAUACCAAGCUCAAAAUAGAAACACUGGAUUAAUUCAGCGUUGAUUGUCUCUAACUAUUUAUCAGCUGGUGUGUUGUUAGGUGUCUAAACUCCUUGAACCAGUUUCUGUGUCUGGAAGAUUAGAUUACCCUGGGUAGCUGCCAUAGAGCUGGCUGAGAAUACAAUACAGUUAGGUCAAACUGAAGUCAUGGCAAGCUUUGCUGUUCUUUUCAUAUCUCCACAAAGUCCAUCAAAGCCUAUUGUAUUUCUAAAAAACAAUUGAAAUCAUAGAAACUGUACAGUGAGUAACAUUUGUAGACUGGAAUAAAAUUUCAACAAGGCUUUACAGAGAAACAAUGAGCUGAAACAUCACUGCUGCUUUGAGUUUUUUAUUAUUUUCUUUUUCUAUUUCAUUUUAUGACCUCUUGCUUUGACAAGUAUUGCAAACUUUAGUCAUAAUGAAUAUUUCCAAAUUGUAAAAACUGAAAUAAACCAGGAAUAAAAUACCUAAGAUUUGAAAAUGAAAGUUUAAAUGUGAUAACAGUUUGCAGUGUUUCAAAAUGGGUUUGGCAGAUAUACCGUGCAGAACCUGCCAAAAGAAUCAUCUGCAUCCGUCACACUGUUUUUCAGCACAGUCCUUUAAAUGUUAUUAAUGGCUGUUUUGCGGUUGUGAGGACCUGUCAUUAAUCUAACUUUGUCCCCCCGCUGUGGUAUUUCAGGUUUUGACUGCCGCUGUGGGAACCUGUUCUGCGGGAUCCAUCGUUAUUCUGAUAAACACAACUGUCCGUACGACUACAAAGCUGAAGCUGCCGACAAAAUCCGCAAAGAGAACCCCGUGGUCGUUGCUGAUAAGAUCCAGAGAAUAUGA